UGCCUCUGGGUUGUCUAUCCCCCCAAUGAGACCAUCCGAGUUUGGUGAAAUGAUGCAUUGUGAACUCGUGACUGUCAUCAUCAUCUGAACAAAAUUAUUUUGAAAAUGAGCCCUCCACACUAUACUCUAAAGGUGAUUGUUUGUGUCCAUUUCAUUUUGAUGAUAUGGGGAGCACAGUUUGGUAGUUUCAUGCCAACUGUCUACUGGCUGAGUAACACCUUUGUACUACUGUUAGGGGUAUGGAGUAUAGCUAGUCCCGAUUCAUUUGAUGCUGUACUUAUGUACCUUAUCCUUCACUUGUUCACAAUAUUAGAAGAUAUUGUAUUGCUGGGAAUCUAUCAACCAAGGACUAGUCAAGUUAUAGAAGUUGACAAGUAUCCACAAGGUAUAAAGGAUGAGUACAGAUUUAGUUUGGGCAUGGUUAUCACUAACUUGAUCCUGAAGCCCUUGACAGCAUUCCUGCUUUGGAGAAUAUACCAGGAUAGAGGAGGGAGAUUCUCUGACUUCAAUUUCCCCAACCUCCCACAGUUUGGAGGCAGCCCCCCUGGCCAGGGUAACUAUGAGAACAUAGAUCAGCCGGUUCCAACCAACAACGUAGAGACAGCUUCAUCAAACAUAGAGAAACAACCACAUCAGUAACUACACAACAGAUCAUCCAGAGUCAUGCAAGGAAUCACAAUCACAUCACUAGUCAUCAUAGCUUUAACCACAUCAGUAACUACACAACAGAUCAUCCAGAGUCAUGCAAGGAAUCACAAUCACAUCGCUAGUCAUUGUAGCAUAUUAAUCCAGACCAGUCUAGCUUCCUAUACACACAAUACAGCUAAGAACAGUUAAAAGCUUUAACCAAAAAAAAAGAUUACAUGUAAUUAUUAAAACAGAAUAAUAAAUCUAACCAAAUCAUUACAGCUCCAAUCCAAUCAAGUUGAUAAUACUCACUUUACACCAUAAACCAGGGUGUAAAAUUCACAUCAAAAUAAAAAAAAAAAACCAAAGCAGUAUGUGUACCUAGCAGUGCUAGCACCAAAUCCUAGAAAGGAUGAAUUCCAAAGGCAUUCAAAUUUCUUGUUUGUAAAGUUUGUUCAAACUCAUGAAAUAUCAAACAUUGCAUUCCUAUAUUUAUAUGACUUUGUAUUUAUAAACUUAAAAGAAAAUGAAAGUCAAUUUUAAAAAUUUUAAUUCAGCAUUAUGAUAGAAAACGUAUUUUUAUGUUGGGUUUUUUUUUUUGGUCACCUCAAUCAAGUGACCUAUUCUAUCUGUUCACCUGUCGUCAAGUUAAAAUUUCAGCAAUUUCAUCUUCUUUUAUGGAACAGCUGAACCAAUUUCAACCACUUUGCCAUAUAGCAUCUAAAAGUGAAGAUAAAGAAGUAAUAAAUUUCAUAAUAAUCCCUCCCCCCCUCCAAAUUAAUGCAAUCUUUAAAAAUCCUCUCUAUUCUUGAAGCUAAACUGUUGGCAUGAUUUUAAUAGGCAUUGAUUGAGUCCUCUACCAAAAUUUAACAAAUUCCUGGCCCCAGGGUAAGGGGCUCAGGUGUAAGGAUUGGGUUCUAUUGGUCAUCACACUAUGGUAGUUUAAAGGCAUAAAUCUUCAUCUAGUAUAUAAAUUAUAUACAUGAUGUGCAAAAGUGACUUCCAAAAUACUUUAUUUUGUAAUAUUUUAUAAUCUAUCCAGUGGAUUAUUUAUUGUUGUAUUAUAGUCAGGUGAGUGUAAAGGCCCCUGGGCCUCUUGUUAUCUGUUACACGAUUACAUGUGUGUUUUUAUGAUUUUUUUCAUAUUGAAGGUACACUGCAACCAAAGAUUUUUAUUAUACAUAUUAAGUUGAAGUAAUUUUGAAAUCAUUUACAGUUUAGUAUUCUACUGGGUAUGUUGUGUUUGCUCAACUCUAUUUUUCUUUUACACCUAACUUUUAUAAAAGUUAACAUUUAUUUUUUUUUAAAUCAGUGAAGAUUACUCCCAAAAUAAGGCAUGUAAGGGUAUGGUUAAUGCUAUUUUGACUAUCCUGUGGCUCUACUUAAACAUCAUCAUCAUCAUGUUGUUCAUUUAUAACUAGGCAUCAUCCCUGAAUUUGUAUGAUCAUAUGUUCAGGACCACAACAUUCCAUUAACCAUUAUUAAAAUACUACAUGUACCUGCAAUAAUAUUGCCCUUGUCAAAAAAAAGGAGAGGGCUACAUUACUGCAGCUAUUCCAGUACAUAUGGCAAUUUGAUUCUCUUCCUUUUUCUAGAGUUUUUCAUUAUGCUUGUGUGGAUACCUGAACUUUUGUCUGCAAUUGUCUGUGUGUAAGAUUGUUAGGGUAUAGGAAUUUAGAUGUGUGCUAAUACCCAGGUUAUAUGCCUUAUUAAUUGGUUUAGGUGAAUCAUUGAAUGUUUUCACCAUUACUCUUCAUUACAAGAUAUGAAUGUGCAAUAUACUCGCUGGUCAGUGUAAAUGAAAUAGGCUGCUUCUGUUUUAUAGAAUUUGAUAUUAUAUACCUAUAUUCUUAUUAUUACUCUGUUAUAUUUUAUAUUUGUUAAACCAUUUGUAAAAGUUAAUAUAAUGUAAUACAUUCCAGCUUCUACUUGUUAUAUAUACACUGUGUGAAGUAUUCUUGUCUAAUAUUUUUAUUGAUGUACAUUUUUAACAUUCCAUUGAAUUAAAAUCCUAAUAAAUUA